UCAAGCAGCUGUUUGGAUGAGGACAUAAACAGUCAGGAGCUGUACUCCCUCAGUAGGCCUCAGAAACAGAUGCUAACACUGCUGUACAUCCGACAAUAACAUUACACAGCAGAAGACACCGUUGUUCAGUCUGCUCUCCGUCAGUGGACUUUAAAUUACGAGAUGAGGGCGUUGACUUUGCAGCAGGCAAAUGUGGCCCACGGAAAGCCGCAGGACGCCACGUGUGGGAGAAGUUUGUCUUCCAACUACGCUCCUCUGAGUCUGGAGAAUAAGUUCUUAGCUCAGAGCUCCACUGUGAUGCCUCAGUCCUGGUCUCCACUCUUAAACUCUGCUGCACAACCCUCCUCUUGCCCCUCUCUGCAGCCCUCCAGCCUGUCUUCCACCUCUUCCUCCCUUCUCUCCGCCUCUUCCCUCACCUCUCCUCUCCUCAGCACCGAGAACAAGCUCCUAGAAAGCCAUUCAUCUCUCUCUUUUUCCCUGACCUCUGUCCCUAAUGACUCUCUGCUCUGCACCUCGCUGGCCGGCAGUACUCUGCUGAGUCGCUUUGCUCACCCUCCUGCGUUCCUACAUCACGUUGUGGGUGGAGAACAGAAGAAGAGGGAUGACGGAGAACACGAAGGCAGAGUGGAGACAUGUGAAAUGAUGCAGUCCUUUUUUGAAGAAACAAGUGUGACUCAAUCUGAGGAAGAUGAUAUUUUGCCCGAAGAGGAGGAGGAGGAGGAUGCUGGGACAAACAUGGAAUUACCUGUCCUGGAAACUGAGUCGGGCAACCAGGAACUCGAACCAGCUUUGGCCAUCAGACAGGAGGAAUUUGCUGAGGUUGAAAGAGAAGAUAAUAAGAUCGAAGAGGAGCUGAAAGACAAAAAGUAUCUGCUGCUGAACGCGGUGUGUUGCUCCCUGGUCAAUAAGAGCACAGCUCCAGGUCAGACUGACUGGGACGCCGAGGACAGUGUUUGGACCAGGAUCACAAACCUGGCGAAGGACAUUUCCGUCUGUGACCCGCAGUUUCUUCUCAAGGUGACAGUUUACACUCGACAGCAGCUGAACAUCCGCAUCACAGCAAACUUCUUAUUGGCUCUGGCUGCCAAUCAGCCCUCCACCAAGCAACAUGUCCGCAGAUACUUCUGUGCCGCCGUGCAGCUGCCCUCAGAUUGGCUGGAAGUCGUCAGAAUGUAUAGUACAUGCUUUAGCCGCUCCCUGCCAAUGUGCCUGAAGAAGGCAAUGGCUGACAAGUUCAAGCAGUUCAGCGAGUAUCAGCUGGCCAAAUACAACACACGCAAACACCGCUGUAAACACAACCGCAACAAGCCCAAAGCCAAGAAACCAAAUGAUCAGACGCUGAAAAAGUGGGCGGACUUGCUCAGAUCAGAUGCAUCUAUUCUGUCGAAGUUUUUGCAUACAGAGGGCAGCAAAGUGGUGGUGGUGGAUAAAAAGCAGGGUGAGUUCAGUAUGAAGAAGAUGAUCAAGAAGCUUCACAUUAAAGAACCGGCUGAACACGUUAUGGCCAUCCUGGGAAGAAAGUAUCCUGCUGACCUGAAGACGUUCACCCACAGUGGAAUGAAGGGCGUUUGGGAAAGGGAGAGGGCCGGGAAGCGGAUGAAGCUCAAAGAACCAGAGACCUGGGAACGACUGCUCAGUCAGCAGGGCAACAAGGCCGCCACCUGGGAGAAGCUCAUAGACAAUAAGUCUCUUCCAUUCAUGGCGAUGCUGAGGAACCUGAGGAACAUGAUCACUAAGGGCAUCAGCGAGGCUCAUCACAAGAAGAUCCUCAGCAGGCUGACCAAUAAGAAAGCAGUUAUUCAGAGCCGACAGUUUCCCUUCCGGUUCCUCGCUGCCUACAAAGUCAUCAUGGAGCUUCACACUAUGGCCUUAGCAUCAAUGCAGGCACUCCCCCCUGUUAAAGAGAUCCUGAAGGGCAUCCUGAAGAAGAUUCCCAAGAGCAAGCGCUUCAAUCGUAUGGACUGGGAUACAACUCCGAGGAGCAGGAUCAGGGUGACGCUCGGAGUGCCGUUUGUCUAUCGACUGUACCGAAUAAAGAAGACCCAGCUCCUAAAUGCCAAUCGGAGGGAGUACACCGUCGCUCUGUUGGACCGCUACCGCAAAGCCCUGGAGACGGCGGUUCAGAUCUCCUGUCGUUACAAUGUUCCCCCGCUACCUGGACGCACCGUUAUCCUGCUCUCCUCUAACAUCAGCACCGAUCCACUCCCGAAACAGGACUUCUGCCUCCCACCAGAUCCUGAGCAAAAAAAUAAGGAAGAGGAAAAGAAAGAGGAGAAGGAAAAGGAAGAGGAAGAGGAAGAGGAAGAGAAAGAGGAAGAGGAGAAGGAAGAUGAAGAUGAAGAUGAAGAGGAAGAGGAAGAGGAGAAGGAAGAUGAAGAUGAAGAGAAAGAGGAAGAGGAAGUGUCCUGCAAGAGAGGGAGGAGAGGGAGAAAGAAAAAAGAGGAGGAUGACGAGCUCACUCCUUCUAAAAUGGAGGCGGCAGUUUUACUCUCUCUGAUGAUUGCCAGCAGUGCAGAGGACUUUCAGCUCCUCUUAACUCGUUGGGAUGACAGUGAACAAUUAGAGCUGAAGUCAGAUGUUCUUUUGGACAACGUCAGGAGUGUGAUGAAGAAAAUAAAGUCACUUGAUGAGAUGCCAGAAGAAGAAGACAGAGAUGCACUCUCCACGAUUUUCACCAAGAAUAACAAGGUGGACAACAUCAUCGUGUUGACUGAUAACUGGAUCUCAACUAAUAUCAGUUGGACCAUCAACAACUACAAGAGGGAAAUAAACAACAAAGCCCUCGAGGUGCAAAUCUACUUUUCAGAGGGAUACAGAGAUGACGUUCCUGAAAGAAACUGUGUGCAGCUGACGGGUUUCAGUGAACAAAUGCUGAGGUUUGUGGCAGAACGAGGAUCAUCCAGGUUGCUUGACCACGUGGAGCAUUUAGACAAACUGUACAACAUCCCACCAUCAGAGGGAGCUAAAGGCCCUCAGACCACCAACAGUAUCUCUACAAUACCAGUGAGCCCCAAGUUAAGGUGGCGAGGUGUACGUGUGUUCAUCUCCUCCACCUUCAGAGACAUGCACGCUGAACGCGACAUCUUGGUGCGGAGCGUGUUCCCAGAGCUCCGGCGUCGUGCUGCGCCACACUGCCUCUACCUGCAGGAGGUGGAGCUGCGUUGGGGUGUGACAGAGGAGGAGUCGGGGCGGGCCACCGAGCUGUGCCUGUCAGAGGUGUGUCGCAGCCAGAUGCUGGUAGGAAUCCUGGGGGAGAGGUACGGCCUGGUGCCUCCCAAACCCGACCUCCCUGACCUGCCGCAGUACAGCUGGCUGGCGACGGCCCCACCGGGCCUGUCCAUCACGGAGAUGGAGAUCCGUCAGUUUCAGGCUCUUUACCCCGACACUGAACACCAGCGAAUGUUCUGUUACUUCAGAGAUCCCAACAUCAUCAAAUCAGUUCCGGUGGCUUGGAGAUCUCACUUUGUUCCUGAAUCAGAGGAGGCUGAGUCUAAAAUGGCCUCUCUGAAGAGAAGGAUACGAUCCGAAAUCAAUGUUGUUGAAAAUUACCGGUGUGAGUGGGGAGGUGUUGUGGAGGGAAAACCGUAUCUGAAAAAUCUGGAAGACUUUGGCAAAACCGUGCUGGAAGACCUGUGGAUGGCUGUAGUUAAGCAGUUUGUGGAGGAGGAUGACGAGGACGAGGACGAGGCUGUGUUCGAUGUGGCUAUGCAGGAGGUGCACCAGGGGGCGCUGCAGAGGCAGUUCUUCGGCAGGGCGAAGCUGCUGGUCGGGGCUGUUGAGAUAGUGGAGCAGGUCCAGGCCAAAGGAGGGGUGAUGGUCGUGGAGGGAGGACCUGGAGAGGGCAAAACUGUCUUCAUGGCUGCUCUAGCAGAGACCCUCAGGACCGGAGUUAAGUCCAGGACAAACUUUGUCUGUGAUGUCAUCUCCUACUCUACAGCUGCCAGCCAAUCAGCUCGCUCUGUGGAAACCCUGCUUCAAUGUCUCAUUCGGUGGUUGAGGGAGAUAAAAGAUACCGAGGAGGAAUCACCUCUUCCCCAUUCUUACAAAGAUUUGUUGUCAGAAUUUCACUCCAGCUUGAGUGACAUGAAGAAGGAAAAACCUCUGGUGCUGGUAGUUGAUGGGGUGGAUCUGGUCCGAGAUGGCAGAGGUCAGCUGAGCUCUGAUUGGAUACCACAGCAGCUUCCACAGGGUGUUUGUUUGGUAGUGAGCAUCACAUCCAAAGUGGCACUGAUACAAACCCUGGCCAAGAAAAAAAGCACUGUCCUGUUUGCCUUGGGACAGCUUACCAUGCCAGACCGGAAGGAGAUAGUUCAGAAGGGCCUGGACACGUUCGGGAAGAAACUCAGUGAUUCUGCAUUCAACAACCAGCUCCAGACGCUGAUCAUGAAGAAGGGAGCAGUGAGUCCUCUCUACCUGCAGCUGGCCUGUGAAGACCUGAGGAACUUUGCCUCCUUUGAUAAGUUGAAGGAGAGUCUCCAGGGAUUGCCUCAGUCUCUGGCCCAGUUGGUGCAGUACAGCCUGGACAGACUCUGCUCGCAGUACAGGGGCUUGAGGGGACUCCGCUGGGCUCUGGCAGUACUCACUGUCAGCACUGCUGGCCUGAGGGAGAGAGACUUGUACUCUGUGCUGAACACAUGCAGCGACCUAUCCUCACGGGACGGGCAGGUCACAUGGCAGGAAGUACUACAUCUGUCCAGGAAGCCCAUAGGACGUAUUCCCAUGGCAACUUUCACCCGUAUAGUGCACAGUUUACAAAGUCUGAUUGGUCCGUCUCAUUGCCACGACACUGACGACAUCCUGGCUCUAACUAAUCCGGAGGUGAAGAAGGCCUUUGAGGACUUUCUCCUCCCAACAGAAAGCGACAGAACCAGAGCUCACCUCGUACUGGCAGCUCAUCUGUGGGCACUAGCCGACCAGCAGGGCAAAGAUACCUUCCUUCACUGUGAGGCCAACUCUGUCAUGCAUCUGCCUUCCAGCCUGAUUCAAAGUGGCCAACUGGAGGCACUUCAUUCCCUGCUCUCCAGCUACUACUUCCUGUAUGCGAACGUGCGCCACGGCCUCCUGCACCAUCUCCUGGAGACCUACAGUUUGUAUGAUACCAAGCAUAAGUCUGCACCGUCGUUUGGCUUGCAGGGCCGUCUAGAAGACUGCAGGAGCUUCCUGCGGCGUCACGCCCUCCUGCUCUCCUCCUGGCCAGCUCUUUGCAUUCAGCAAGCCCUCAACGAGCCUCAUGAGACCUCAGCACACACCUGGGCACAAGGCCUGGUGGGAAAAGGAGGGGUUAGGGUAGUUGAGUGGGUAAACAAUGACCAUCAGUUUCUUCAAGAGACAAGUGAGCUGGUGUCCACUUUCUCCUCUGAACCAACCUGUUUGGUUCUGAGUUCAGAUGGAGAGCUGAUGGUGGUUGGCUCUGGACAGGGAAUGCUGCAUUUUAUCAACACACAGACCGGACAAGAACUGAAAUCGCUGGUGAGCAGCUGUGACGGCAUCUCAAGCUGUGUCUUCCUGAAGGACGGACGUCUUGCUACCACCUCCUUUGAUGGACGAAUAGAGAUCUGGGACAUCGAGAAUGGCUGCAGGGCUGCUCUUAUUGAUGCUCACACUAAUGUGAUAACAGCAAGUGACAUCAGUGCAGACAGGAAGAACAUUGCCACUGUGUCUCUGGACUUCAUGCUGAAAGUGUGGUCCUCUGCUAAAGGUCAUGAGGUUGCGGCCCUGCCCAGCAUCAGCCCUUUGAACUGUGUUGCCUUUGACCCCGAGGAUCACCUGCUGGCUGCUGGUUGUUGGAAUGGGAAUGUGAUUGUGUGGAACUGGCUCCAGAAUAAAACUGUAAUGUCCCUGUCCGGUCACCGGCGGUCAGUGCGCAGUCUCUCCUUCUCUUCCUCCUCCUCCAUGCUCUGCUCUGGCUCUAUAUCUGGAGAGGUCAGGGUGUGGUCAGUGCCCACCUCCACCUGCGUGGGAUGUUUUCAGGCUCACUCUGGGGCCACAGAGGCCCUCACCUUCCUGGAUGACGGGAGCAUGCUGCUGAGUGCUGGCUCCGAUCACAAGCUCCAGCUCUGGUCAGGAGGACUUGGACGUUCGAUCACAGCUUUAAAAAGUGAUGAAUGCUAUAUGGCGCCUCCUGUGAAGAAACGGAAGUCUGUAAUGUCUGAGCCCGCUGCUCUGUGUGUGGCUGUUAAUGGAGACUAUGCUGCUGUCGGAUACCAUGGUGGCGGCAUCAAACUCUUCAGUCUUGACUCAGCUGAGAAGAUUUGGGCCUCCAAGGACCGUGACCUGUCAGUACUGUGCAUGCUGUGGGUCGUUCUGAACGCAGAGCCGACCGAACCCGAGCUGCUGGUGUCUGCAGGAAGCGACAAACUUCUGCGGGUCUGGAAGAGUAUAGAUGGAGAGGAGGGGAUGCAGGGAGGCCUGGAAACGGUGGGAUUGUUCUGUGUGCAAGGAGUCAUCCUGGCAUUAGCACAAAACUCUACAUACCUGGCCACAGCUUCAGAUGACUUCACCAUUGUCCUGUGGUUGUUGAGUGAGCUGGCCAUCAACCCCUUGAUUGAGCCUCAUGCAGUGCUGAGGGGCCACGGUGGGGGAGUCACUUGUCUGACUUUCAGCCCAGAUGGUGGACAGCUGCUGUCCGGUGGAAAAGAUAAGGCGCUGAUGGUGUGGGAUGUGAAUGUUUCUCCUGCUGUUCUCUCCAAGUCGCUCCCUCACUCUCACAGAGACUGGAUCACCGGCUGUGUUUGGACUCCAGACUGUGUGAUUAGUUCUUCAAACGAUGGGAGGCUGUGUUUGUGGGAUCUGCAGGCGGGCCAACAACUCAAAGAAAUCUCCUGGAGGAGUCCUCUUACAUCCAUCUGCUGUCUGGGACAGUAUGUGAUUGCCGGCUGUGCAGAGGGAGCGCUACAUGUUUGGACCUGGGAAACAAACACAGAAAUCUGCCACAUUGCUGCACACAAGCAGCGUAUCCACCACUGCUCUCUCCUACCAAAUACAGACAAAAACAAAGAAGUCAACGCAGCAGAAAUGACUGUUUUCACCGCGUCUGACGAUGGCACAGUGCAGCUCUGGAAACCACUACAGGUGGAGCACUUCAGCACCUUCCAGGGUCACAGUGGGGCGAUACACGGAGUCAUUCGCAAAGAAGGACUCCCAGAAUUCCUCACUGUUUCUGAAGACUGCUCAUUGCGAUGCUGGACAUGGACAACAAAGGGUCCUCCCACACUGAGAGGCUCAGUCUCCGCUCUGUGCUUCUCUCCGAGAGAUGAUUUGCUUCUUGCUGCUUAUGAGUCCGGUUUGCUGGAAAUAUGGCAGCACAACACUGUGGUUGGCCACAAGCAGACUUCAGACGGCGCCAUCACAGCGAUCUGCUCCAUGCCCGAUAACCAGUUUGCUGUCAGCUACAUGAAACCUGUUGUUGAUGUGUGGAAGCUGGUGUGGAAUCAACAACGCAGCACCGCAAGCCUGGUGAAGGUAAACACCUACAAAGUGAAAGAGAUGGUGGUCCGCCUCAACUACUGCACAAUGCUCAUCGGUGUGUCAAAAGAUGAAGGAAUAUUUGGCAUCACAGCCAGUGAGGAGGACAAGUGGUUCCAAACGAACAAUAGUUGGCACCAAAAUGUCCGUAUUUUGGGGUUGAUCCAAAACGACGAGAAAAGCAUGUGGCUGGUGGGAGAAUGCAAGGGAGAAGUUAACAUUGGCUUCUUUUUUGCCAUGGGUCCCAAAAGUAAAUUCCAUUCGGCUUUCAGCUCGAUGGACCUAGAGGUCGAGGAUGAGGAGGAGAAGAAGGGGAGCAUGAUAUCAGCUAUAACCAUGAACACAGAUUUCGUGGUGUGCGGAGACGUGAAGGGCAACAUGUGGUUCAUCCAGCCUCCUGAGACUUCCACGUGGAGAAACAGAAAACCUGCUCACACUGACAGGAUCAGUGUGCUGAGACUCACUGAGCGCACCAUCAUCUCCGCCUCCUAUGACAGGACAGUGAAGCUGUGGGACAGAAACACCAAGAAGCAGGUGGGGAUGUUUGUAUGUGGAGGACCUGUUGUGCAAUUGGAGGUGAACCCUGGAAAGCCCACUGAACUGGUUUGUGGUGACGGACAGGGAAAGCUCUACUUCCUCUCCUGGAAAGAAUAAUCCACAAAAUAUUACACGUCAGAAUUUAAGAAAAAAAAAAAACCUAUAUCACUACACAAACGAAAGGUUGCCUGUAAUGUUUCAGUGACUGUGAAUAAGCAAGACAUGUAUUAAAAAAAAGGUGAAAUAUAUUUACACCACACAGGGAUAACUAUGUAUGUAAUCACUGUAAUACCAUGUUUACAUGUGCCUUUAAUUUAGAUGGCAAAAAACCUGCAAAUGUAACAAACAAGUAGAUAAAAAUAAGUUAAAUCUUAUCAGUUAUAGUUUUGUAUGAGCUGAAUUAUUUCUUUUAUUUGGAAAUAGGAAUGUGGGAUAUGAAACACUUAAAGUUAAAGUGUGAGUGGAAGAACUGUGAAUGAUAAUACAUUUUUUGUGUCUGCUCUUUGUUGGUUUGUUUAACACAUUUUCAAUGAUUUACCCAAUAAAUAUUGUACUUUCUUCACAUUUUACAAACUUCUUACUGACCGGGCUCAAACAGGAUUUACAUUUAAUUAAUAUUAUUUAUUUUGUAUUCCUGGGACAGCUUCGUUAUUGCCAGAUCUGUGUGACUGAUACAUGAUUAGUAGACUAAACCAAGAUCAAACAGUUAGUUUUGAUUGUUAUUUGACACAGAGACCCUGUUUAACAGUGAGACAUCAAUCACAGCUUAUCAGCUAAUGCUUUUACAACUCUGCUAUCUGCAAUGAGCCACAUUUAGUGCAAUAAAACAUGUUAAGUAAAUAAAAUACCAAUUUCUUUCUGCA